GACGUGUACCAAUUCCGAACGGCCAAUUCCAAAACAGAACCAUCGCCGGCAAGUAAACAUGCCGAUUUCAUCAGAUUCCUCGCAGAAUAUAUAAAGUACAAAGGACAGGGACAGUGAAAAUCUCACCUCAUUCGUGCACGUUUGUUAGAUCCACCUUCAAACAUGGAUCUUCCCGUCUGGAAACUCGCGCUAGUGCUAAGUGUACUUGUUGGUUCCAUCAACACAAAAGCAGGAACUGGUUCAAACGCACCGAAAUUCGUGGCCACGCACGAAUGGCAAGAGCUAAAGAAAGGACAACCGAUCCCCCAGGGAUUGCACGUAAGGAUCAAUCUGACCACUGGCAAAAAGGAGGCAAAACUGCUCGACCCAGCCGAUGGUGGGCCCAGCACCGAUUCGUCCCUUUCGAUGGUACCCGGGGAGGAGCUAAAAGAUCAUCCGGCUGCUGGGGCGGGGACGGCCAGUGACCCGCAAACCGUGGCUGGCAUGAAGCUGGAAGCACUCCGGGAAGCGCUCAAAGACAUUCCGGCAAACACGUACGAAGAGGACGAGGCAGAGGGCGGCGAGGCAGUGGGCAGCCGAUUCAAAAGCUACGAACAGAUCAAGCAAGAGCUGAAAGACGCCAAUGUGGAGCUGAAGAGUGACAGCGAAAUCAUGACCGAUCUGUUCACCCGUUUCGAACGAGCGCUCCAGCACACAUCCGGACUGGCGGAUCGGCAGGAGCUGGACGUACUGUUCGAGGAUCUCGAAUACCUGGCGCAUCAGAUCGACAACGCGCUCCAGUUCAUCGACCGGGGCGGUGUGGAGAAAAUCGUCUGGCCCAGCCUGAACCGCACCGGCGACGCGCAGACACGCACCAGAGCGCUCAAGCUGCUCGGCACGAUCGUGCAGAACAAUCCGAAGGCAAAGGUCGCUCUGAUCGAACGGAACGGUGGCCCUAACCUGCUAUCUGCCCUGGGGCGUGCCUCGACGACGGACGAAAUUUCGGCCGCCCUGUACGCGUUCGGCGGUUUGGUGCGCAAGUUCCCCUUCGCCCAGAAGCAGCUGCUCACGCCGCACGGCUACAGUGUGCUGUACGGCGUGUGGGAAAAGAAGGUCGAGCUGAAGGUGAAGGUGAAGGUGCUGCAACUGAUCGCGGACGUGCUGGUGGACUAUCGCAGCGCGAUCGCAGCGGCGGGCGAGAACGACGCAACGACCCGGGAGCAGUACCGCUCGACAAAGCUGCCCGAGGGGCUGGAGAGGACGGAGUUUUGCAAACACUCGGCUGCCUUCUUUCACCAGCACAAGGCGGCCCUUAUACCCGAGGACAAUCUGACCGAUGAAACGGUGAAAGCGCUGCACGCUUGCCGCCACCAGCUCUGCCACGAACCGUGGUCCCAGUGUCCGCUGUUCCGGCACACGCUGCUGGUGCUGCGCAACAAUCUGGACCACCGACUGGACGAGGACGUGGAGUUGGUGGAGUAUAGAAGAGAGAUUAAGCGCAGUAUCGACGAACUGGUGGUGGAUUUGUACGGUCAGCCAAAGGAUGAACUGUGAGCGAAGCGUACUGUGGCGCUUAAAUUAGGCAGAUACUCUCACUGUGUUACAAAGCAACUAUAUUUAUAGCCAAAUGAACGAACAUUUGUUGUAUAGGACUGAUUAAGUUAAUUAGAAAGUUUGUAUUGUGCUUUAUCGUUUCCCAGAUCCGCCCACAAUCGGUAGAUAGGUCGACAAUAUGGACCGGAACCGGUUGCUUACGUCACGAAUAAAUUGAAAUGUUCACUUC